UAACCCUCUCCCUCCCAGAAGCGGCUUUUCUUCUCAAUCAAAAUAUCUGUCACUCGCUUUUUCUCUCUCUCUCUCUCUAAUCGGAUUCCAUCUUCUUGCGAAGCGAGGCUUAGGGUUUCUUCUCUCUCGCCCCCUUUCCCUCUCUCUAUUCACGAACACAAAUUGAACCACCGUUCUUUCCAAUUCGUCUUCCCCUCGUUUAAGCCCACCUUACCUUCUAGGCUUUGGGGAUUUAGGGUUUGCAGUAGUACCUAACUCACCAAGAUGUACGCUGAUCGUGAAGAAGCUGACGCCAAGAGGUCAAUUAAAGAGCGUCUCAAUGGCAACUUCACCAGAGAUCGUCGGCAACUCGCCGGCAAAAGGCAGAGACAAGAUGACAAGUGGGAGCAUGAUCUUUAUGAUGAUAAUGAACCUCAAUUAUCAAAUCGCAAAGCUGGGGACCUACGUUUGAAGCUUCAGAGGAAAAAUUUUAAACAGACAUCUGGAACAAGAUCUGUUUCAGGUGUAAGAGACCUACGGGAAAAGCUAUCUGGUACUAUGAAGCCACAACCAGUGAAUGCCGAUCCACCAAGGUCCAAAGUAGAGGCUGCUAAAUCAGUGAGGAGAACCGUUGCUGUUGCAGUACCUGCACCAGAGACUCACAAAGUUGCCAACACAACAUCUAGCAAAAAGGCUUCAAAAAAGGUUGGGACUUCUGUGGACGAGUUUUUGACGUCCUUGGAUCUUGAAAAGUAUUGCAUUACAUUUCAAGCAGAGGAAGUCGAUAUGACGGCACUUGUGCACAUGACUGAUGAGGAUCUCAAGGCUCUAGGAAUACCAAUGGGUCCCAGGAAAAAGAUCCUUUUGGCAUUGGAAUCAAGAGUGUGACAGUUGAGGGUGUGGAUAGUUUAUGUGCACAAUCUCAUGGUGUUUAUUAUGACUUAAUCUAGUAGAUCUUUUGAUUGGUAUCAACCUGCGUGUAAUAUUUUCUUUUACCCCGCCUUCCAUUUUGUUUUUACUCUAGUUGCAAUGCUGUAAGGCCUCAAUGAGCUCAUUAUUUAUAUAAACAUCGUUAAAUUUUAGCUUCAAACAUCUGGAAAA